AUGUGUCUCCUCGGAGAUGCUACUGGCCUUGUUAAGACAGUCACAAUUUGUGAAGUAUGGUGGAUGAUAAUCCGUAAAGUACCCGAAGAACCACUUAAGCCAGCACCUCCGAAGCCUAAGAUGCUUGACGUCUUACCUGAACUGAUCGAGCAGCGGCGAAAUGGAUCAGAAGUCUCAGUAUACAUCGACCAUGGUGACGAACGCAAAUCGAGACCUGGAACUCACAAAAAGAUUGCCGGAAAGCUCACACUAGUUGUGGUGAUUACCACCUUGGUCACAUUAAGAAACCGCCAUGGAUCUUCGGCAUUGAAAACUUUCAGGCUUGCUAAGAAGAGCUUCGCUGGAAAACAAGCAACCAAUGAUUCGCAGUGGGAGUUUAACUUGGCAGGUCUCCUCGAGUGUGACAUCGUUGACGAAGCCAUGUACUGA